CCGUACCGCCGCCUCGGCCAUGGGGCAGCCGCGGUCCCCCCGCGAGCGCUGCUCCUGCAGCAACACCAACUGCGUGGAGCGGCCCCUGACGCGGCUCUUCGAAGCGCUGGGGCGCAUCGUGGCCGCCUGCCCCUGGCCCUUCGUGCUGCUGCCGCCGCUGCUCUCGGCCGGGCUGGGCGCCGGCUUCGUCUUCCUGCCGGACCUGCAGACGAAUGACAUCGAGGGCCAGUUCACGCCGACGGGCGGGCCCGCCAAGGCCGAGCGCGACUUCGUGCAGCGGUACUUCCCCACCAACGAUUCGGAGCGCUUCUCCGCCGAGCGGCUGCCCACGGAGGGCGCCUACGCGGCGCUCAUCGCCGUGGCCGCGGGGGACGCCUCGGUGCUCGACCGGCCGGCGCGGGACGAAGUGCUGCUGCUGGACGGCGCGGUGCGCGCCCUCGGCUACGAGCGGCUCUGCGCCCGCAGCGGCGACGCCUGCGCCAGCGCCAACCCGCUGCUGCCGCUGCUGGCCAACGGCAGCGCCCUGCCCGAGCUGCCCUUCCCCGGCGGCGGCGGCGGCGGCGACGCGUUCCUGGGCACCGCGCUGGGCGGCGUGCAGACGGACGGCAGCGGGCGCGUGGAGCGGGCGCGAGCAAUGAAGCUGAUGUAUUACCUGCGGGAGGACGGCGGCGCGGCGCGCGAGAGCCGGGCGUGGCUGGAGACGUUCCUGCGCGUCUUCCCGGCGAAGCUGCAGGAGCUGAACCUCACGGCCGUCGAGGUGACGUACUUCACCUCGUUGUCCAGACAAGAGGAGUUUGAGGGAAACACCAAGAGCGUGAUCCCGCUCUUUUCCAUCACGUACUUCCUGACGAUCACCUUUUCGGUCGUCUCUUGCCUGAGGCUGAGCUGUGUAAGGAAUAACAUCUGGCUUGCAUGCUGUGGAGUGCUUUCCUCCGGUUUAGCUGUAUUAAGCAGCUUUGGAUUGAUGAUGUACUGUGGAGUACCAUUUGUGGCAACUGUAGCAAAUGCUCCAUUCCUUAUUCUUGGAGUUGGUGUGGAUGACAUGUUUAUCAUGAUCUCUUCCUGGGAACAAAGCUCAAGCAAGGCAGACAAAUCAGACACCAAAUCUCGGCUGGCCGAGACUUACAGAGAAGCAGCGCUUUCUGUGACAAUCACCACUCUCACAGAUGUCUUGGCCUUCUUCAUUGGCACCUGGACUUCUUUUCCUUCUGUGAGGUCGUUCUGCCUCUAUACCGGCACCGCCUUUGUCUUCUGCUAUGUCUAUGUCAUUACCUUCUUUGGGGCAGUUAUCGUGCUAAAUCAUAAAAGGGUGAACGGAAACCGACACUGGUUAACGUGUGUGCAAGUGAAAGUAGGGAAGAAAUCCUGCUUGUACAACGCGUGUUGUUUAGGCAGCUGUUCUAGUGAGCUGCCGGAGCCAGAAACCAGUGGGACAGAAAGCGAGCAUCCCAUGAGCAUAUUCUUCAAGAAGUAUUAUGGUCCUUUCUUGACAGGUAAAUGGAUCAAGCUUCUUGUGGUGUUGCUGUACGGAGCGUAUUUGGGUGGCAGUGUUUAUGGCUGCACCCAGAUGAAGGAGGGCAUAGAUCUUCGAAAUCUGGCUAGUGAUGACUCUUACGUUAUUGCCUACUAUGACGACGAUGACAAAUACUUCUCAGAAUACGGACCCAGGGUCAUGGUCGUCGUUACUGACAGCGUAAACUACUGGGACGAGUCUGUUCGUAAUGACAUUGAGGCUUGCCUACAGGAUCUAGAGAGCAUUAACUAUGUAGACAGGAACCUCUCGCUGUCAUGGCUGAGAGUAUACACAGAAAUUGCUGGCAGUGGUUUAAUAAAUAUAAGCACUAAAGAUCUUUUCAUUAAUAACUUAGCUGCACUAUUCCGGUUCUUUCCCAGUUUUGAGUGGGACAUUAACGAGACUGCAGAAGGAAUAGCAGCUUCUCGUUUCUUCAUCCAGACAGUGAAUGUGACCUCAGCCGUUGACGAGAAAAAUCUGCUCAAUCAGUUAAGAGACAGAGCCAAGCAGUGCGUAGUUCCACUCAUGGUGUACCAUCCAGCAUUCAUCUACUACGACCAGUACCUGGUCAUAGUGCAGAACACCAUUCAGAAUGUUGUCAUCGCUGCUGGGGCGAUGCUCGUGGUCUCUCUUGUGCUUAUUCCCAGCCCACUGUGUUGCUUGUGGGUGACUUUUGCUAUAGCUUCUGUUAUCGUUGGUGUUGCUGGUUUCAUGACAUUUUGGGACAUCAGCCUCGACUCCAUAUCCAUGAUUAACCUGGUCAUUUGCAUUGGAUUUUCUGUAGACUUUUCUGCACAUAUUUCCUAUGCCUUUGUUACAAGUGGAGAGUCAUCAGCCAAUGAGAAGGCAAUAGGAGCUCUGCACCAGCUUGGUUACCCAGUGUUACAAGGAGCAGUAUCUACUGUGUUAGGAGUAGUUGUCCUGGCUGCAGCAAAAACCUACAUCUUCAGAACGUUUUUUAAGAUCAUGUUUCUUGUUAUAUUGUUUGGGGCUCUUCAUGGUCUUGUGUUUAUUCCAGUAUUUCUAACCUUUUUUGGAUACUUGGGCAAAUCACUCCCCAUCACUGAAACUAAAAUGCUAGACCUUAGGUAGAGAAAUGACAAAGACCGUGCGUGACUAAUUUAAAUGUUUACAGUUAUGUAUAUAUUAUAUGGAGAUUCAAAUGCAGCAACUUCCAGGGGAUGUAAGAAAUGAAUGAUGGGAAGGAUGGAAUAAUAUGACAGAGAGGCAAAGAGUAAAGAAAAGCCAGGCAUUAAUUAACAGAAGUGAAAGUGCACAGAACUGAUUUGUUUCCUCCUUUUUUGUGUUCUUGACUUUGUAACUUUAAUAUUGUUAAACCUUUUUUUUGGUGUGUGUGUUAGUUGUUUACUGAAUGUAUUGAAACUGAAAUUAUUAUAAACACUACCGAUUGUCCCAGCAUUAUGGGCUGUUAUAGUUCAGUCAGGAAAUAUAUAGAAGAAGCUACAGCAACUGUUGGUUUUGUGCAUUUCCUGGCUAUUUACCUUGACACAGUCACUCAACACUGAGCCUGCAGGCAGUUUCCCCAGGAUGCUUGAACCUUGGGGUUUUAUAGUGAGAUGAUCAACGGGAGAGUACUGCCUCAUGCUGCAGUGGUUCAUAAAUGUUUGGGAGACUUAGUCUGCUUAGGUUCCUAAUGCAGCACAAAAAGCCCAUAGGGAAGACUGACUCACAUUUUUUGUUCUAAUGAAUCUUUUCUAUGAUCAAACAUGUAGCUUUAAGACGACUGUAUUUGUUUUGUUGGCUGCAGUUUCCAAAUGGAUACGUACUGUAGACUGAUCUUGUGUGGACCAUCUGAGUGACCAUAGUGCUAAAUGGCAUGCCAUGGCAUGACAGAGCUGGAAUUUCCUAGAAAGCAUCACAUCUAAUUGAGGACAAAGUCAAAAAGCAACGCAGGUUUAAGCCAUUCAGUUCUAAAGCUAAAGUCACAAGUUCCUCUUUGUUUGUCUGUAACAAUCCAACUUUUGAUGCAUCAAUGGAGCAGAAGAACUUUCACUGAAGUAUUGAUAAUAAAUGAAGGGCUUUAGCUUGUAGGGACAAAAUCUGGAUUAAGAGCCAAUACAUUAUUUGUCACCAAUUUAAUGAGCUACCUGUCAGAAAUCUGCUGAGUAGUGGUAAAUAACAUUUGUAAUUUAGGAAAAAAGGGAGUCCAGGAGGUAUAAAACUACACAGUUCAAAUCUACAGCUGAGGAGCAUUUCUUGUGAAAGCUGCAGCCAGUGUGGCAAAGCCUCUGUUCCAUCUGGAUUUGGGGCCAAUUCCAUAAGAUUACAUCCAGACAUCUGCUGGAAAAGUAGCACAGCGAGUUGCAGGCAAUCCAGGAGGCUCCUGGAAUGCAUUGAGGAUGACUUCCCAAGUCAAGUAAUUUGGGGGUGCAAUACUGGACCUGUGGUCACCAGUGAAAUGAACUGAUCAGUGACAUCAGGAUGGGAGGCUGCCUGGGCUGUAGUGACCAUGCUGAGGUUGAAUCCACACUCUGGAGGGACAUGAGACAGGUGAAGAGUACAAUUAAGAAGCUAAACUUUAGGAAAGCUAACUUCCAGCUCUUCAAGUAGUUAGUCAACAAAAUGCCCUGGGAAACUGUCCUCGUGGAUAAGGGUGAAGAGCAGAGCUGGCAGAUCUUUAAGGACGCUUUCUUCAGUGUGCGAGAGCUUUCCAUCCCCAGGUGUAGCAAGUCAGGAAAAGAAGACAAGAGACCAGCAUGGCUGAACUGGGACCAACUAGUCAAACUGAACAGCAAGAAUGCAGAGACAGUGGAAAUGGGAACAGGACUGUGGAAAGAAUAUAGGGAAGCUGCUAGUCUGUGUAGGGAUGGGGUCAGGAAAGCCAAGUCCAAGCUAGAACUGAACUUGGCUAGGGAUGCCAAAAAGAACAAGACAGGCUUCUACAGGUACCUUCAACCAGAAAUGGGAAGUCCAGCAAGGCGUACCCCCUCUAAGUGAGUGACACAAGCAAACUGGUUACAACAGACAAGAAGGCUGAAGUACUCAACAAUUUUUUUGCCUCGGUCUUCUCUGCUAACUGCUCGCCGCACAGCCCUCAAACAUUCAGUUUGGUAGGAGGGGAUUGGGGAAGCAAUAUCCUCCCACUUUAAGCAAGGAUCAGGUUCACGACCACCUGAGGAAGCUGAACAUCCACAAGUCUGUGGGUCCCGAUGAGAUGCAUCCCAGAAUCUGAACGGAACUGUCUGAUGUGGUUGCCCAGCCACUCUCUAUAAUAUUUCAAAGGUCGUGGCAAUUAGGUAAAGUCCCUGGUAGCUGGAAAAAAGGAAAUAUCACUCCCAUUUUUAGAAAGGGUAAAAGGAUGACCCUAGGAACUGGCAUGCCAGUUUCAUCUCUGUGCCAGGGAAGAUCAUGGAACAAGUCUUCUAGGAAGUUAUGGUAAGGCACAUGCAAGGCAGGCGAUACAGGAGAGCCAGUGUGGCUUCACUAAGGGCAAAUCCUGCUUGACUAACUCAGUGGCCUUCUGUGAUGGUGUCACUGCAUCAGUGCACAAGGGAAGAACCACUGAUUUCAUGUCUCCACUUUCAUGUGAGGCCCUCAGCACAAAAGAUGGACCUGCUAGAGCAGGGCCAUAAAAGUCAUCAGACAUCUGGAGCUCCUUCUCCAGGGUUGUUCAGUCUAUAGAAGAGAAAGCCCUGAGGAGAUUUUACAGCAGCCUUCCAAUACAUAAACGGGGCUGAAAGGAAAGAUGGGGGGACUCUGUAAGGGAGUGCAGUGACAGGACAAGGGGAAAUUGUUUUUAAACUGAAGGAGACUUGCAUCAAUUAUUAGGAAGAAAUUCUUCCACCUGAGGGCGGUGAGCAAAGCACAGACCAGAGUGCCCAGAGAAGCUGCGGAUGCCCUUUCUCAGGAGGUGUUCAAGGCCAGGUUGGAUACAGUCCUAAACAACCUGACCUAGUGGGAGGCGUCCCUGCCCCCAGCAGAGAGGGUGGAGCUAGAUGAUCUUUAAGUCCCCUUUAAAUGCAAGUCCCUCUAUGAUUCCAUGCGAGUUUGGUUGAAAGCACAUACAUGAUACAUGCACACCACCCCCUGAGGAAAAGCAAGUGUUCAGCAGCACAGCUCUAUGAGCUGGCCAGAAGGCAAAUAUAUACUUUAUACCCAAAAGAAACCGCACUUGGCUCUUCUUUGUGUAUACCAAGAAGCGUUCAAAAUAACGAUGUUACACCACAGGACUCACCCCACAAAACAGAUCAUUCAGUAGAUAUUUUUACUUUUGAAGUCGAAGUUUUCUGCUUUUGCUUUUAAUAACAGAUUGGCAUUAUUCCACUGGAAACAUUUCUGUCAAAGUCCCAUUGGUGAAAGCAGGAAUUGAAGAACAGGUCUGAAUUCCUAGGGAGAACAUCCCCUAGAAAUAUAAUUAGUAUACAUUUUUCCUUUAACUACUAAAUUUAUUUACAAGUUCAAAUGUUUUGUAUAUUCCAUUUACGUAACAGGAACUCUGUAUUACAUUCCGUAGCUUUUUACAGUGGUAAGUAAAAGGAAGAGCCAAUGUCCAUAAUUAAAUUGAACCUUUAUUAUUCCAAAAACAGAUGCAAAUAUGCAGUAUAUUUCUGUUUCCAUUGGCAUAUUUCUAAAAUACAUGUACAACUGUAACUAGUCAGCCUAGGCAUUUGGUAUACUGUUUUUUUUUUAACAUUUUCAAGUUCUCCCAUGCUGGGAU